AUGGAUGCAGCCUCUGGCGAUGCCUCGUCUGCGGACGCCUACUUCGACCUUGGAUCCUUCCACCGCCCAGUAACAACAAAUAACAAAUGGGCCCAGGUCUGGUUUGACCGUGGAAUCAUCUGGACAUACGCUUUUAACCAUGGCGAGGCAGCUCAGUGUUUCCAGAAAGCCAUCACCCAAGACCCAAGCUGCGCAAUGGCAUACUGGGGACUGGCAUACACGCUGGGGCCCAACUACAACAAGCCAUGGCAAUUCUUCGACGAAAAAGAGCUGGAGACAACCGUGCAACGCACCAACCGCGCCAUCCACAACGCCCGACAAUACGCAGCGACGGCGCAACCCGCGGAAGCGGCUCUCAUUGAUGCCCUCCAGCUCAGGUACCCGCAGGCCCAGCCGACGGACGACUGCUCCUCCUGGAAUCAGGGGUAUGCCGAUGCCAUGCAAUCUGUCUACCAGCGAUUUCCCGAUGACCUAGACGUGGCAACCUUGUACGCGGACGCACUGAUGAAUCUGACCCCUUGGGAGCUAUGGGAUAUACGCACCAACGAGCCCGCCCCAGGCGCGCGCACAUACGAAGUCAAAGCCGUUCUCGACCGCGCGCUGACACAGAAGGGAGGCCUCCGCCAUCCCGGUCUACUCCACUUAUACAUCCACCUGAUGGAGAUGUCCGGCACGCCAGAAAAGGCCCUGGUGGUGGCGGACCACCUGCGCGGGCUGGUCCCCGACGCGGGACAUCUGCAACACAUGCCCACGCACCUGGACAUUCUGUGUGGCGACUACCGGCGGGCGAUAGCAUCCAACUCGGACGCUAUCCGCGCGGACGAAAAGUUCCUUGCUCGCGCGGGCCCGGUCAACUUCUACACCCUCUACCGGUCCCACGAUUACCACUUCCGGAUCUACGCGGCUAUGUUCUCCGGGCUGUCUGCGAUAGCCCUGGAAACGGCAGCUGAGCUCGAGCAGUCGAUCCCGGAGGAGCUUCUCCGUGUUGAGUCGCCCCCGAUGGCGGACUGGCUGGAGGGGUUCCUCACGAUGCGAGUCCACGUGUUGAUCCGGUUCGGACGCUGGCAGGAGCUGCUGGACCUUGAACUGCCGCGAGAUGCAGAGCUAUACUGCGUGACGACGACCAUGAUACAUUACGGCAAGGGAGUUGCGCUGGCCGCAACGGGGGAGGUAGAUCGCGCGAACGAAGAACGGGGCCAAUUCGACCAAGCUUUGAAACGUGUCCCCGCUAGCCGAAUGCUAUUCAACAACAAAUGCGUCGAUAUCCUAGGUAUCGCAGAAGCCAUGCUAAACGGGGAGCUCGAAUACCGCCGCGGGAAUUUCGAAAUCGCUUUCGAGCACCUGCGCCGCGCAAUUUCACGCGACGAUGGGCUUCCUUACGACGAACCCUGGGGCUGGAUGCAACCGACGCGACAUGCAUACGGAGCCCUCCUGCUAGAACAAGGGCACGUGGAGGAGGCCGCUGCGGCUUACGGCGCCGAUCUGGGAAUGGACGAUACGCUGCCUCGCUCGCUGCAACAUCCGAAUAACGUUAACAUGGCUGCAAAACUCCUCAGCUGGCUCACUAUCCUCGCAGCUUGCCUUUCUAGCAUGAUAAUAACCACACAUGCAACAGAUGCAUUCCAACAAAAAUGUAUAUCCUUCCCCGCACAAGAACACAUCUCAAACUCUCACAUUCAAGCCCUAGAAUACAUCCCCCAAGGGACCAACUUGACUCUAGCGGACAACGAUAGCACAUGCUCCCGCCAGUCCCAGCAAGUCUCAGUCGACAUCUGUCGACUCGCCCUCUCCGUCGCGACGUCCAACCGGUCGUCCGUGGUUGUGGAGAUUUGGCUACCACGCGAGUGGAGCGGACGAUUUCUCGGGACGGGGAACGGGGGCAUAGAUGGAUGUAUCAAGUACGAGGAUGUAGAGUAUGGAGCGUCGAAUGGAUUUGCGACGAUUGGGACUAAUAACGGGCAUAAUGGCACCACUGCUGUACCGCUAUAUCGCAAUCCGGACGCUGUUGUGGAUUUUUCUUGGAGGGCACUUCACACCGGCGUGACGAUAGGCAAGGAGCUGACGGCCCGUUUCUACGGUCGAGCACACAGCAAGUCAUACUAUAUUGGCUGCUCCCUCGGCGGACGCCAGGGGAUCUACGCCGCGGAUGUAUUUCCCGAAGACUUCGACGGCAUAGUUGCCGGUGCGCCGGCGGUGGACUUCAAUAACCUCGUCUCGUGGAGGGCUAGUUUCUUCCCGAUCACUGGGUCGGUCAAUUCAUCGCGAUACGUUACCGAAAGUCAAUGGAAGGGUUUAAUACAUUCGGAUAUCCUGCGGCAGUGCGAUGGCAUUGAUGGUGUUCUUGAUGGUGUCAUUGAGGAUCCCACGAUGUGCGAUUUCCAGCCGGACGUUCUGCUGUGUGAGAGAGAUCAGAUGCAUGACUGUUUGAGUCCUGCCCAGGUGGAGACUGUUCGAGAGAUAUUCUCCCCGCUUCGCGACGAGAACAGUCGCUUGAUAUACCCUGCCAUGCAGCCAGGGAGUGAGCUUAAAUCUGCUGAGGGACUCUAUGCCGGAAAACCCUUUAUGUACUCCGAGUCAUGGUUUCAAUACGUCAUCUACGACCCCUCAUGGGACCCAUCAAGCUUCAAUCUCCACGACGCGCAGAUAGCAGACACCCUAAACCCAGGUAACAUCCGCACGUGGCCCAGCGAUCUUUCACAAUUCCAAAACCGAGGCGGCAAGAUCAUCGUCCACCACGGCCAGCAAGACGACAAAAUCACCAGCUUCAACACGCCGCGAUUCUACGAUCAUCUCGCUGCUAGCAUGCAGUAUUCGUCCGCGCAGAUGGAAAAUUUCUUUCGCUUCUUUCGCGUUCCGGGAAUGUUCCACUGUAAUUCUGGACCCGGGGCAUGGGUCAUUGGUCAGGGAGGCGGGCCGUCAGCUGCGGUAAUACCAUUUACUAAAGAGCGGAAUGUGCUUGCGGCUUUGGUGGCGUGGGUGGAAGAUGAUGAGGCUCCUGAGACUAUUGGAGGGACGAGAUUUGUGGAGGAUAAUCCUGAGUUGGGCGAGGAGAGGCGACGCGAGCACUGUCGUUACCCACUGCGAAGUAUAUAUGUGGGGGGAGAUGCUUCGUUAGCGGAGAGUUGGAGAUGUCGACCGUGA